AUGGGCAAAUCUAGCUCAGACCGGCGGCGAGCCGGCUCAGAAGCAUCGUCCAAGUCCGAGCGGCGACGAACAAAUCAUCGCGACUCGUCAGAUGGACGCGCCCUCACGGAAGCGAUCCCCUCACCUCGCCAUCGCGACAGUCUUGUUGAUGCCGCAGAAGCUGUUCCUCCCUCCAGCGAUGCGGUCCGUUCGGUGGGGUCGAGGAAGGCACGGUCCGAGCAAGGUAGUUUCGUGACCUCACUCACGGCUGAGCCAACGGAGAUCUCUGAGGACUACCAUACCGGCCCUCGAAGAGACGGCAAGAAGCAAGGCAGAGAGUUCGGUGAAGCGCGCAAGAGAUUCCGCACGAGUAACAGAGAGUCUACAUCUGAAGGGAGGCGGAGGAGCUUGAGCGAUGAAGAGCCGGCGAAUACAUUUAGAAGAAACAGUGGACGGAGUCACCGCGACUCCCACAGGCACUGCAGGACAGGCGACAGCGACAUUGUAGGCGAUGUUAGGGCGAACAUUGCCUCGCUCCCAGAGAAUCAAUUUCCAGGGGAAUUUCCGGUCACUUACACCAAGCCAUACCGCCCUCCUGGACUGGCUACGGAGUACUACGGUGACCAGGGAGAAUCAGUGGCCUCCCAACCUGGCGUCCGUCCCAAUCCACCGAGCAUUGUCACCAACGCCGAACAGGCGCAUCUGAUAGAGCCGACUAUUGACCCUCGGCCUCCACCUGAGCCAAGCAGUUUGGGAGUGCUUGGGGCAGCUGCCAGUUAUUUCGAGACCGGCGCUGCUGAGUCAGUCACCGAUCCUCCUUCAAUCUCCUCAAGACCGUCUCAGACCCCGACCUCGAGGCCAGACAAGCCGAGUAGUUACAGCGGUCAGGGCCCCAGUCCAAGAACGAGUCCGAAGCCUGAAGGCAACGGAUCAAGACUACAGGGCAACGGUCUGAACACCACAGGUUCGGGCGCUCCGGCGACGAUGUCUGCCGCCGGAGCUGCUCUGGCCUAUUAUUCAGCCUCGAAUAUGGAAACAAUGGAAGGCCCCGCACAGCAUACGCCAACACGACCGCCUACGAUAUCUGGUACUGGAACGGCUUCAUUCUCUGCCCCUUCAGGUUUUAUGGGUUCGUCGUCUCAGGAACAUUCUAGUGCAGCGUUGUACGGCGCCGCGGCCGGCACCUAUAUGGGAACCCAUUUUCACAGCGCUGACUGGCAUAACCAGCAAACUUCAGCCGUACGGCCUCCCGGUACUCUCGGCGGUCUGCCUAUCUCUUCUGCCGCACCAAUGCAGCAAAUUCACCGCCACAGACGUCGGGGUCCACUUGGCAAGCUUGUAGACUGGUUUCGAGAUCCUGAGGCUGUGGCGGAAUUCGAACAAUACACAGAAGCCAUUGGCGUCUGCAAAUAUUGCUUUGAUCCCUGGACUUCACCAGCAGAUGCCCCACGGAAACAUCAUUAUCGCCGAGGGAGGCCUUCGUCUGGCGGUCGGUAUGGAAGCUUGACGCGGGUGGACAAGACUGCCAGAUAUUCUUCCGAUGAAGAGCGACGGAAUCGUUCUGGCCCAAAGAAGGUAGUCGUGGGAGGUUUGGCAGGCUACGGCGCGGCUAAAUUGGGGGAAGCUAUACUCAAAACGAAUCAUGACUUUGACGAUACCUAUUCAAUCAAGUCAGGAAAGCCGGUCCCUGAAAGCCAACAUGGCUUUCAACAUCGCGAUAGGGCUACUGACCGCAAAGUAAGGCAGUACUCGUCGUCGGAAGAUGUCCGAUCGCAGAAGCAUGAGAGUCGUCGGAAAAAGGACAUGCGCCACGCUCGUGUUGGCCAGCAGAGUUCUCGUCGACGCGAUUCAAGCUCUUCCGCAUCCUCUUCAUCUUCACGUCGUGCUGCAAUGAAAACCGGCAUUGGUGCUGCUGCACUGGCCGUAGGGGCAGCGGCAUUGGACAAGAAACUGCGAGAUCAGCGCAAAAACAAAACACGCUCAUCCUCUCCGCAAAAGAAGUACUUUUCGAAAAGAGUCUCUCCGAUGCAUUCUUAUGUAGAUCUGUCAGCCUCGACCAACGAAGGCGGCGCCUUCACGGGCUUUUUUGCAAGCCCGUCAGCCAACAAACGGGCGGGCAAGAAGCCGAAGGGCCUUUUCAAUUUCGCUAACUCGUCAAGUUCCUCGUCGGAUGCCGACCUUGCCUACGGAGAAGGGACUGUUCGUCGGAAGGAUUCAAAGGGACGACGAGAACGGAAUCGAACGGAGCAUGACAGGCGCAACUCCACUAAGAGCCUGAUGCAACUCGUUGCUGAAGGUAAUGCUCUUGCCGAAGAGAGCGAUCGAAGAACAGGUAAAGGUAGGGAGAUCCAUGAAAUUGACGACAGUAUAGGGCGACGCAGUACUAGAACCAAUCACUACGCUUCAAAACAUCAUGAUGAGGGCCAGACUGCUGCACAGGAAGACGGCUGGUACGAUCUAGAAGACGACGACAACUCAUCCUCCUCCUCCAGCGUAGAUAUGACGCUGGCUUAUGGAGAAGCCCCAAGCGUAGGGACCAGACAAUCCCCUGGCCCCAAGUCUCGGCAUUACCAAGGAGGAAGUGCCUCAGAAAUCAUGCCAGCAAUUGCCGUCGCCGCUGGUGCUGCAGCCAUCGGAGACCCUGCACAACCAACUCAGGUCAUUCCACGGCGAAGGAAACCCAGGAGUCUACCACAUAUGCAAGACCUGGAACCGCGACCAAUUUCCGACCCGAUCUCACAGAUGUCAUCAGAUGAAUCCAAACGCAGGAUCAUAUCUCCUAACGACGGCUCUCCUCAAUAUACUCGAAUAGCUGCACCAGCAGUUCCUUUGCAGCAACCACAACCCAUCACACCACUUGCCCCAUCAAUCUAUCAUGAGAGGUUCAGUUUCGCUGGGCAGGACGAAGGUCCCUUCACUUCGCGAGAGCACGACGAUUCGAGAACGCGCAUAAGGGAAACAGAGGCUCCGAGCUCUGAUAAAGGGUCGCGUAGCUCCACGCGCCCAAGACGAGAUUCGAGUCCGGCCAAGUUCCCACCACGUGAUGCGAAACAUUCUGUGAGUGCUUUUGCAGACGAGCAGCCUCCAACUGGAAGCUCUACCGGAUCUAAAAGCAACAAGGACCCACGGCGUGCAGAAAACCGACGCAAAUCAGCCGAUGCAGCGAUUCUGGUGGCCGCGGGUGUCCUGGCAGGAGAGUCAGGCUUGCAAAUGAGCAAUUCCAACAACACGCAGUCACACGUAGCCGGUGGGGGUUCGUCUGACCCCGCUGACGAGCGUAUGGCUGAGAUCGAGCGCGAGCUGCAGCGGCUCUACGAAGAGCAACGGCUAAUGCAGGAGGGAGAUGGCAAGCAAACGACUAAAAGCAAGGGGGUCGACUUUGCAGUACCUUUACUGGUUGGUAAAGAUGAGGGACGUGGUCCAAAUCAAGCCACAACGAAUAUUCGCCGAAAGUCAAGCCUGAAGAAAACCAAGGACACGGAACCGUCCCCAAAGGCUGAAUCGCAACAAGAGCGAAUCGCACGGAUGGCGGCUCAGCGGGUGAAAUCAACGCCUUCGCCGGUGUACGAGGAUUAUGGGACAUUCUUCGUCCCAAAGGAGCUGCAAGAACAUCUCAAAGACAACAACAACAGGUCCGAACAUAGGGAUGAUAUCGGUGCAAAUGUGGUCGAGAUCGUUCCGGGUGCGACAAAAUCAAAUCGACAACAUCCUUUCGACCCAUUUACAUAUCGUCCCUUUGGAUUGGAGAUAGACGACGACCCCACGUUGCAUCCUUGGCCUGUGCCCAUGUUAGGUUUGGUUGAACCAACACCACCAGGCAGUCAAACACAGAGCAUUCAGGGGGAUAUCAGUCCUCACAUUACUGCAAUCCGGGAUGAAGAACAUGUCGAUAUAGUGGAACCACUGGAGAAGGAACACAGCACGGACUUCAUGUCAUCUUCUGGCCGUGGGAAUCCCGAUCUGGACGAAGGUGAUUCAGCAAAGGAUGAGACAUGGGACACUAAGCCACAGUGGUCGCAGGAGAACGAUGACGGCGAAUUUCGGGCGUCAGGCGCAGCUGAACCGGAUGGAGAUGAAUCACAUCGUCCGAAAGACCAGCAAUAUCGGCCCGGUAUUAGUCGUGUGUGGACAUUGGACGAAAAGGAGGCACAAAAGCUCGAGAGCGAGCUCCCUGUCGUUGAUGAUAUGCCUCAAGUUAGCCGCGCCUGGACAAUCGAUGAGAGCGGUGCCGAAGAAAUUGAGCAUGAAAUGUCAGGUGGUCUAGGGGACAAUCAGGCUGCAGAAGAGGUUCUGCCUCGCGUCAUGGAGGCGAUGCCCCAGAGCCCUCAGUCACCCAGCUCGCAGUGGACAUCUAGUGGGUCUGAGAAUGUCGGCCAACUACCACCUAGAGGAUCUGAACAAACCAAAGCCAUCUACGAAAGUCCUUUCACUGAGACCGUUGGUGAUCUUGGAGUUACCGUCUCCGAUCAUGGUCAGACUGGCUCCGUAACGGCGCCAAUGCAGACCACAUCAGAUCGUGCAGACAAAGUCACUCACGAGAAGAUGAAGUCGCGCGAUCCAGGUGCAGAUGACGGAUUUGUCUCCGCCGAGGAGUCUCCAGUCAGGUCUGUCUCAAAUGUCAACAACGACGAGCCUUUUUUAGUCAAUCGCCCCGAAAUGCCACCACCAACGGUCACAGGUUCACCAACGGGUCCUGAUGGUGUCUCGGGGCACUCUUCCCCAACAGAGUCAUCAUCACGGCCGCCCGUUACUGGAGUAUUUGUUUCUGGUGAACCGCAAUUUAAUACUCCAUGGACGGAGAGGGACGAGCAUACGCCUCGAGAAGAGACCCAGGAAGCCCAAAAUGAUGCCGACACGUCUAUGCUACCGUCACCGUAUAUACCACUGUCUGUUUCUCCACGGCGCCUAUCCGCCAUCAGAACCACCGAUGACCCUUCCAGUCCGAUAGUCACGAGCUCUCCAACAGCCGUCCCUUUGCAAUUCCGGCGGCCACCACUUUCGCCGACCCACACGCGUGUCUCCAUGAUCUCGCCAAUGACUUCUCCUACUUCUCCCCUGACAACACCGCGCACCCGUCAAGGACGCCCGAAAUCCACAGAAUUUCGUUCAAGUAAAGAGUUUCGGCCGCUUUAUCUUGUCGAAAGAUCGAACUAUGCUAAGACCAUGGCGACACCAGAGACAGCGGAGGAAUAUCCAUCUCUGCCUUCGAGCAAGACAAGCUCUGCGCACCCAUCAAUGGAGGAUCUCCGAGCUGAAUCACACGCUCAACAACAGCUAGAGUAUUUUACCCCUUCACGCAUCAACCAUGACAUGUUCCGUGGUAGGCGCCACAGUUACUCUCACGGAUAUGACAGCGAAAGAAGGCGUGAAUCGCCGGACUACUUGGAUUCUCGGUCGGCCACUCCUGUCCCUGGCGAACUGCAACGAGCUCGCGACAGCGAGCAGAAGCCGAAACCCAAGUACGAAUUUCACUCACCGAGUGAAUUGUUGCGGGAUCCAACCUUGCUCCGAAAUGGACCUGCAGUGGAAGAGGAGCCUGGCCUUGAAAGUCCACUUCGGAGUGUCGUCAGCACAGACGCCGAACAGGAUUAUGUGAGCGCGCGGAGCCGAAGUUUGUCCACAACUAGAUCACAAAGUAUGAGCAGAGGUCGAAAAGCUGUCUCGCGGUCAGAAUCGGUAUCUGAUUCCUGGACAAAUGCUCUGUCCAGCACAAUAACUGCUGCUGUAGGAGCCGUGACUGGCAUUGCCGCGCAUGCACUAGGGGCGAGUGCACCUGGAGACAACGAAGGUGGGAGUCUGGAAACUCCCACCGCUGAGCAGGGCAAUGAUGAGCUCGAUUCGUCUGCGACUGGGAAUGAUAUCAAUAAAGCUAUUGUCCCAGAAGUCGCAAGCGGGACCCAGCUAAACCAACCGGAAUCCGUCCUCUCUCAUAAUAGCGUUGACGUGCCGCCCAAGGCUGAAAAUGCGGCGCAUUCACAGACGGACGAGGAAAUGGAACUCAAGGGCGCAGCAGGUGUUGCUUAUGCUGGUACGGAACUGGUUGCCUCAGCAGAGACAAGCAUCCCCGAUACUGUUGAUGUCAAGGAGCCUGGCCCCAACAUCGACACGCAAAUGACGAAGCCGUCCAAGGAAAGCCCAGAAGGGACCCCCGAAACAAGUUCCGACAGCCAGGAUCCUGCAUCACUAGAUGAUGCGACAAACACCAAUUUUGAGGAUCCUGCACCAGCCUUGGUGUUCAAAUCAAAGAAAUCAAAGAAAGACAAGAAGAAGAAACGCAAUGUAUUGAUGCGUGACGAAGAAGUGGCUGACACCCCACAGGGCAGCCUUCAACCCGAGUCUACCCCUGCAGAAAGCAUAAAUGAUCAUGUCUAUCCGACAGCCAGUGUCCCUUCGACCCCUGAAACAGAUGUCCUCGAGGCUGCUCUACCAGGACAGGGUUUUCCACCAACUGAAAAGCAGCUGACCUCUAGGAUAUCUAUCGACGAAAGUAAUCUGCCUUCUCUCAAGGAACCUUUCUUGCCAGAUACCUCUACAACCGAGCCUCUUCCGACCGUGUCCGUUGUAUCUGAUCCUGCUCCUUCCGACGCUACACCAGGUCCAGAGCUUGGGCACGAAGAUAGCCCGAAGGACGUUCCAACACAGUCAAAUUCCAACCAGUCUGACGAACCGUUGUCAACCACGCUACAUGAGAGCCAGGCUGCCAGUCGAACGGUCGUCGGAGGCCUGAGGACGUCUACCCUAGAUGGCAAUGGCGUGCUCGCACAGGGCCAUAUGCCAAGCUCGGACUUGCAUCCUCUUGAACAUGCCUUUGAAGCAGCCGUUCACGCUCGAGGUCUUAGAGACGGAUCGAGCCUCGAAACAGCAUAUCAAGCUUUCAAACCAGACGUUGUAGAUGAUUUCGAUGUUAGUGGUAUCCCACUAACGACAAUCCUGGAGGAAGGCGAGCCGCCGAUUCCUGCUGCCAGCCUCGUACAGGAAACCAUACCCGAACGCAAAAUGUCAAAAAAGGAGAGACGGAAGGGAAAGAAGUUAGCCAAAAGACUGCAGAUUGACGAUGAUUACCAGGAGCAGGCAUCUCCAUAUUCUGAUUCCGCAGAGAAAACAGAUACGCCCGAGCUCAAUGAAGCCUCGAAAAGGUCUUCCUCCAGUGACCAGAACAGGGCCGCUGAAUUUGCGGAACCGCCGAAUCCGUUCGGUGACGAUUUCAAACUAUCGCACGCUGCCGACGCCGAAGUGAGCACAGCUAUACCAUCUGAAGCUGCCAAACCAAUGUCUCCAGAGACACAGCCUACAGCAACACUGCCCACCCGAGCCGAAGAAGAAAUGCCCGCGACUGACGAAUGGCCAACUGACACUGCGGCAAAUAAGAAGGCCAAAAAAGACAAGAAGAAGAAGAAAAGACAGUCAAUAAGCUGGGACAUCUCCGAGCCCGUUGUCGGCAGAGAUGCUAUGUCUGCAACCGAGGAGAUUGUGCCUCAAAGCACGAGUGCAGCCACUUCCGACACAAGGAGCGCCCCUCUGAGUGCGACUGGAGCCAUUGACCAGCAAAUGCCUAAUGCGCAAGAAGUGGUAGACCAAAGUAGUGGGGAUCACGUCACCCAGUCACAAGAAGUACCCUCUCCUGCCGCUGAAGCCAUCGAGGCUACAGCGGCCGCAGACGAGUUGGCCCCCAAUUAUGAGAUUGGAGAGGACCAGAGAGAUGCAUUGAGUACACCGGAAGGCUUUGUUGCCACAAUGGCCGUGAACGAGAAAUCGAGAGAGGAAGAAAUCAAGCGUGCCGUAAGAAGCGAUGAUACAAUCGGUGAAACCAUCGCCAUCCCAGGGACUGAUCGUCUGGUUGGAAGCUUGGGUCAAUCUACCACCGCCGAAGCGGCGGCGCUCGACGGUCAAGAUGACAGAGCCAAAGGCGUGUUCGUCCGCUCAGGCGACACAGAAAUACUCGAAGAUGAAAUCGCAUCUCAAUCUGAGCAUGAUCAACAUGACCCCACGAGGGUAGAGGUCGAACGUCAGCCGGAGCUCGCCCAAGAUGUUACGACCGGAGAUACCGGACAGGAGGCCCCCAAAAUAGCGGUUGGUCCUUCCUCUGCGCCAGAGGAUGUGUUCAUACCGGUUGGUCAGAGUUCCGCGGUCGGUUAUAGUCCGGACGGGUCCGCAGAUACAACGGUGCGCGCAGAAGAAGUGGCCGAAGUUUCGAAGUCUCAUUCUGGCCUAGGGCAGGAAGUUGCAGCAGAGGACGAUGAGUUCUCGCUCUCGAAGCCUACGAAGAAGUCUAAGAAGGACAAGAAGAGGAGGAAAAUGAUUACUUUUGAUGAAUUCGAAGCUCAUUCAACCCCGGAGCGGAAUGGCGACGCCAGAACUCAGGAAAUUCCAGCUCCUCCUACUACCCUAGAUGACUCGAAGACUGAUGAAACUGAAGCCACCACAAGUUCUACCAGCGCAGUUACCAGAGGGCCUUCUGACGAACAAGAAAAGCACGAGGUCGAGGACUUCUCUUUCAUCAUCACUUCGAAAAAGAGCAAGAAGGAUAAGAAGAAAAAGAAGCGCUUCCUCUUCGAUGAGCUUGAGAUGAACUCGGAGGAGGCAUUCGUUGGUCCCGCCGAAGUGCCUUCCACGGCGCAGGAUGAGGCUUCGGGCAACGUGCUGCCCGACCUGCCUCCAAGCGCAACCAGCCCACCCGCAGCAUCUUCAACAAGCAAGCUUGAGAGGCCUAGGAUUCCAAAUGAAGAUGGCGAAUCACCUGAAGCAACGUCACUAAUGGCAAGGGACAGCCCCGCAACGUCUCCGGCCGCUCAAUACUUGAUCCCAGGACCUACUGGCGAAAUAGAUGUACCAAUCAUUUCCGGGACUGAGGUGGCCAGCACCCUUGACGAUGAAGGAAUGCAUGAAGGAGUCAGUCCAGCACGGGAUCAAACUCCCGGUUCGCCUUCGACCAUGGCGUGUCCUCGCUCGGUGACGGGUGAGAACGGAUCGGAUCCUGAGCCUGCCCUCGCGGGAAGUUCCACUGUUGAGCACUCAACAGAUGAGCCUCCUACGACUGCGCCCGGUGGAGCUCCCUCUGGCACGGUGACUGCGCUUGCCGUUGAUCCUCCUGUCGCAAUGCCUCCAACGGCCCUGUCACCUGCCGUCGAUGCCCCUGCGGCUGAGUCCACCAAUUAUGCUACAAUCCGGGAAGAAGGCGAUUCAGCUCUGCCAGAAGGCUUCGACAGAGCUCCUGAAGAAGACUGGGGCUUUUCAACCAAGAAAAGCAAGAAAGACAAGAAGAAGAAACGUCAGUCUAAAGUGGACUAUGAAGAUACUGACUUCAAAGUCACGGAGCCUCAUCAUGGGGAAUUCAAGUCCGACGCAAAACCUGCUUUCGUAAAGAGCACCGCUUUCGAUGCUACUAGAGAUGCAGGGGUCAACUUGGCCAUUGAUGACGAAUCUCAUAAUGUUGCCGAGGAAGAAUGGAACGCCGCCCCAAAGUCAAGAAAGGACAAAAAGAAAAAGCGUCAGUCGGAGUUGCAGACCAUCUCUUAUGAGCCUGUUGGACAACCGGAGUCAACCGAGCAAGCCACAUUGGAGGACACCGUUCCUACCAAAGAUGAAAAAGACCACAUGCAAGGCGAUGACGCCCCAGUCCUGGAAUGGGUAGACUGGCCGUCUGAAGAAAUAAAGGGUCAUAAUUCGGAGAUUUUAGACGCUGAAAAGGAUCCUGGCCACCUCUUGGCUAUGGGCGCAGCUGAAGAAGAAUCCCAAGACAUUCAAAUCGCCGCUUCGGAACCAUCCGAGAAUCAAAAGGUUGAAGAUGCGCCUCCUUUGCACGAAGUCAUCAAUUUUGCAAGCGAAGGACAUUCGAACCAAGAAGAUAAUUCCAUCCGAGAACUUGGAGCCGAGCAGUUGGACGAGCUCGAAGACAAGGCCGACACAGAUUUCGUUGACGUUCCCCACGACCUUACUGAGGGCCAGAACGUGGUUCAGGAUACAAAUCUUUGGGACCAGCAACGCCCAUCUGUCCACAAUCACACGGUGCAGAAUCUUGCCCAGGAACCACAAAUAUGGAAGCGAGAGCGAGACUUUCCUCCGGAAAUUGAAGCGACUGAAAGCCGAGAAGACUCUGGCACCGCGACGUUCCCGCACAUUAGCUCGCCAUCAGCGCCAGCGACCGACAAGCCUUUUGUGGGAAGUCGUGCCGAGGAAGACCUACCUAUUUCAGGCGUGGUCGAUGCGAAUGCAGACGAUCAAACUUGGGGCUUCACUAUCAAGCAAUCGAAGAAAGCCAAAAAGAAAAGGCGACAAGCGACUUUUGAUUACAGCUUUGACCAAUCGGCCACCGGGGCUCAGACAGAGGGAGAGAGUCGUGAGCUGCAGCCAAAUGGGGAGCCUGAGCAAGGUACAGACAUCGUGGCAAAUUCGGAAGGUGAACGCGGUCUCCCUGCCGCUAUGCAAGAAACCCCACUGGAAUCAGUCGCCGAAGAAGAAUGGGCGUUCUCUAAAAGGUCCAAGAAAGAAAGGAAGAAAAAGAAGCGUCAGUCCGCAAUCGAUGAGGUCUCACCUGAGCCAACUGUCCAGCUUUUGCCUGCGGAGCUGCCGCUCGGGCGGGAGACAAGUGGACAUAGGCAAGGAGAAGAUACAGUCCAUGGCGAUUUUAGCGUUGGCGAAGCAGAAGCAGAUACACCAUCUGAGGCCCUAGCUGAGACCACGACUCCCUCAGGAGUUGUUGAAACCUGGGACAAAGGCGAAGACAGUGCAAAUUAUGAUCCUAACGAGGGUGGGACAAAUCCAGCGAAGUCAGACCAACAAGAUUAUGGACAAUCCUUGCCUGGCCUUGAUGACGCGCAUGGGCAGCAGCAGGAGACUGCUCCAACCACACUCGUUCCAGACCUUGAGACCCGGCACAUCGACGAGGUGACCAUGUCUGAGGGCGGUACACCUGCCAUGAUACCUGUUUCACUUGAUAGCGGCGAUGCAGUAUCAAUAAUGUUCAAAGCUGAUCGUCCCGAGGAGUCGCAAUCAACCCCAAGAAACGCCGAUCCUGCAACUUUGCAGCAGAUGCCACGAAACAGCGAAGACAAACAGCCUGUCACAGAAUUAGAGAGCACGCAGCAACCGGACUCAAGGCUGGAACAGGCGCCAGUGGCAAAGAUUCAAGAUCCCCAGCCUCCAGCUACAGACGAGACCGUCCAGCAGUUGAAGGGAAAGGAGGCCGAACUGCCUCCUGCUGUUGAAAACAAAGCUGAGUCGGUAGAAGAAAUGAUUCCACCUGCCAAGAUAUUGGAAGAGGACGAUAGGGACAAAUCUGAGGCUACAGUGCCCAAGCAAGCCGAUCUGCAAUCCAAUCAGUCAACCCAACUCGAGGUCUGGCCGGAAGAUGAAUGGUCAAUGCAAACUAAAAAGUCCAAGAAAAAGUCCAGGAAGAACAAAUCCUUGCUCGCUCUGGAGAGUGGAGGGUAUGCAACUCCAGCGGCCGAUAACUCAAUGUUCAAACCCGAUUCUGCAAGGGCCGUAGAGGCCACCGAGGAGGAAAUAGCCACGCCUGCCAAUGACGGUGAAGGGUAUUUUGCGCCAAUCACCAAGAAAAAGUCGAAAAGAGACAAGAAGAAAAUCCUAGCUUUAACGAGCGCUGCAAUCGGUGCUGGUUGGCUUGACGAAGCUUCCACAGAUAAGGGGCUUCCGGAGGAAAUCAAAGGGGCCGUGGUGGCGCCGAACUUGCCUGCUCGAGAGGACUUCCACCCUUCAACCGAAAUCCUGGAACGUCGAGCAAGCACGCCUGCCCAGUACGAAGAAGAUACUGGCACGAACGACACGAACACGGGUAAGAAUGUCAUUCCGAAUGCCGGCAACAGUGAGGCAAUAGGUGCAGCAGCGCCCACAGGUACAUUUGGGGCCACUGAUCCACCAGAUAUUACAAUGUCUUCAGAGCAAGCGGCAGAUAACGCCCUGGAAAAUGAUGCCACAGCUCGUAAAGAAGUUUCCAAUGUCCUCGGGUCAGCAGAGCCUGACAAUCACUCCACAUUCGAAGACCAGCCGACAGAAUACUUCGCCCAACAGACAGGAGAUAUUGCAUCAGAAGCUGUCAUGGCUGAUCUCCAGGGCAUUGAAGACCAAGAAGAUAAUAGCGAAACCCAGCAUGGCCCUACUCCGAAUGAGUCCGAAGUUCCCAAGCGGAUAACGAGCAAAAGGGACAAGAAGAAAAAGAAAGCUCGGAGGAUAAUCGAGUUCAACGGCAGUGAAAUACCAUCACCUGCUCCUGUCACUUCGGAGCCAGCAGAGAUACAAACAGAUGUUUUGGAAAGGAGUGUGCCUGACGACCCCAGACCCACCUCAGUUGACCAGCCACGUCAAGAGGUCGAUGAUCUGUCCGACGUGAGUGCAAGUACACGCGAGAGACGCAAAAGGCGACGGUCUCCUCCAGUCUGGUCGGGCGAGGAACCCGAAGACCUGCCAAAUCGGCGUUCCCACACACCACCUUAUGACCAUGACAUUAUAAGUACCGCGUUGGAGGUGGCAGCGGGCCUUGGUUUCGGUGCUGACGAGAAGGAGCCUGCAAAAGCGAUCUCCCAGUCAGAGCCUUCGCCUACUCGACAACAGACUGCUGAAUGGACAUUUGCUAAUCUUGGAGCGGUCGCCGAUCUGUCACACACGGACGCGAACCGUGAUAGUGGCGUCCAGUUCGAAUCGCCUCUCCUUCCCAUGGAUCAAUUCCAGCAGAUAAUGGACAGUGGCUUUAUCCCAACUCCUGCAGACCACCAUUUGCCAGGAGCUGUUUCGAUGGAAAUGGAGCGCGCUGUCAAGGAGCCACUGCGUCCCCCACGUCCUAUGUCACCCACAAGCUCAACCGAAGAUGUCUCGAAGACUCUUCCAGGUCGGAGAUCCGAUGACAUGACCACAUUUGAGACGCCGAGAAGGAAACCAUCACCGGUGGAGUCUACAUCAAAGGACCGGUCAUCGGCUUUGUUUGCACCUUCACCCGCGAUGUCGACAACAUAUACCAUGAUGGAAAGAUCAAGAAGUCCCCAGUUGCCCCCAACCCCUCUGCGGCGGAGUCCGAGCAUCCAUGGGAAUCAUCAUAGCCGUGAAGAAUUGAAGCAGAAGACCAGAACCCUCCAUGACUCUCAGAGCAACGAUGAGUUGGCAUCGAACUUGAUCGACCGCGCUGCCAAAGCUGAGGUCAACCGCUCCGCGUUCGAGUUGGCCGGUGAAGGAGAAGGACCAGACGGAACCCCGUCACCUGCGAGGAAGCCUCUAAACACUAUUCGCGAGGAUACGGUUGAAGCAACGCUGUCUGCAAACGGGCCGCUGCCAUAUCCCAGCUUGCCAACGUCAUCCGAGUCCCAAUUUCAACACGGCGAGGACAGCAGGCGCGAGAGGGGCCUGGUUGCAGCCGCAGGGGCCGCCAGCCUUGCUGCGGUCGCGGCUCCGACGGCCUCACGUGAUCUGGCCGGGGCUAAUUCGCUUGGCAGAAGCAAGUCCCGAACCUCGUCACUCCGCAACCUGCGCGGCGUCUCCAUCUCACCGUAUGACCCGGCCAGUGUCGCGUCCAACUCACCUCAAGCCCUCGUCGAUGAGGGAGGCUUGGGAAAGACUGCCACUCGCGAGAGGGAUAUGGCAGACAUUUACGAUGGCUACGGCUCAUAUCCCGGCAGCCCAAAGUCGCCGACGCGACCUCCAAGUGUGCGACGGCGACAAAGCAUGCAACAGAUCAAGGAUCUAGAGACCAAGUUGGAGCAACUUGCUAGCGAGAACCGGGCACUGGCCGAAGCCAAAAUGGCGGCAGAACAACACCUGGAGUUGGCGAAUUUCGAACGUAACAGGUCCGAGAGCUCUGUAGAAGCUCUACGAAGUACGGCGGCGCAACUUCAGGAGCGCGAUGCGGAGAUUGCGCGUCUCAGGGAAGAGGUUGCAGCUUUGAUGUCCACGCAUGAAGCAUUGAAGAAAGAACACGAGCAAAGCUUGUUCAGGUUACAGCAGGAGUGUGAUGAAGCACAAUCGCACUGGCAAGAGACCACUCAGGAGUUGGAGACGCUUCGAAUGCGUCAUAUGGAGCUCUCAAGCGGCAUGGAAUCCAUUGUGAGACACGAGAUCGAUACGGCUCUCGCAGACAAAAACGCCGAGAUCCAGACACUCCAUCAAGAGCUGGAAACGGCAAGGGACAAGAUUCGAGAACUGCAGUCCCGGAUACUGCAAAACGGUGCAGACGAUGUGGUUGUCUUGCGCGAUGAGGACUACUUUGAUGCGGCUUGCCAGAAGUUGUGCCAGCAAGUGCAAGGCUGGGUUUUGCGCUUCUCCAAAUUCAACGACUUGAAACGAUGCCGAAGCACGAAUGAGGUGCGGGAUGAGAAAAUUGUUGAUCGGUUUGACAACUCGAUCCUGGACGGCUCCGAUGUGGAUGUCUAUCUGGCCGAUCGGGUCAAGCGACGUGAUGUGUUCAUGUCGGUGGUGAUGACCAUGAUCUGGGAGUAUGUCUUCACCCGGUAUCUGUUCGGGAUGGAUCGAGAGCAGCGACAGAAGUUGAAGCAGCUGGAAAAGAAUCUGGCCGAAGUUGGGCCCGCAAGUGCUGUACACCAGUGGCGGGCUUUGACGCUCACACUUCUUUCCAAGCGUGAAAGCUUCCAGGCACAGCGCGAAAGUGAUACGGAAGCGGUGGCGUUGGAGAUAUUCAACACGUUGUCGAGGUUUUUGCCCCCGCCACAGAACCUGGAGGAACAGCUUCUCGCUUCGCUACGCUCGGUCAUGCACACUGCUGUGGAGCUGUCCAUCGAGAUGCGCACGCAGCGAGCGGAAUACAUCAUGCUGCCUCCGCUGCAACCCGAGUAUGAUACCAAUGGCGAUCUUGCACGGAAAGUGUAUUUCAACGCCAGUCUGAUGAAUGAAAGAAGUGGGGAGACGACGAGCAACGAGGAGUUGGAACGCAAUCAGGCCGUGGUGCGGAUGGUUCUCUUCCCUCUUGUCGUCAAAAAGGGCGACGAUAGCGGUCGAGGGGAGGACGAGAUUGUUGUAUGUCCGGCGCAAGUGUUGGUCGCUCGUCCGGACAAAAGCAAAAAAGUCCGGGGCUCAUCCCGACUCGCCAGUGGUGGGAGCCAGACUGACCCGAUGGCCGUGGAUGGUCGAAGUCUUCGAGCAGUGAGCACUCACAGCUUGGGUGCGAUGAGUGGCAUUGAUGGCACCGACAACCUGAUUUAG